ACAGUCGCAUCGUUUUCUUCCUCUUAAGUGAUUAUCAUUGCGAAAAAUAUACAAAGUAGCCAUGGAUCCUCGUCGUUCUCGUCGUGUUAAAAAUCGUGUUGAAAUUCGUGAACCAGAACGCACCGUGAAUAUCCGACUGAGUCGGGAAUGUCGUGUCGAACUGAACGACAUCUUGGUCGACAUGACUGCAUAUCGAAAUCGUUUGAUUGAUUCAACCGACAAUUCAAUGCCAUCAACAAUCGAAGUUGAACAAAGUGAAAGGGGUGCAUCGGCUACAAAUGAUUUGGUUGUGUCUUUGGUGGACUCGGAAGAUGAUGACACAUCGGUCAUAUUUGUUGAAGAGCAAGAAGCAACACCAAAAACGAAAAAAAUUGCAGAACAAAACGAUGAAAUUUCACGGCUGAAUGUUCGUGUUCGAAGUUUGCAAAUCCACGUUGGGGCGUUGGAGGCUGAGCUUCGCAAUAAGCAAGAAAGUAGUGACGAUACCGAAAUGCGAAAUGUGAGUGCUACCGAUCUUGGCAUAACAUUCGACGAAAAUUGGGCCGCAAAUCAAAUCGAAGAAUGGAGAGCAAACGGCGAGCUCGACGUUGUGUGUUCUGAAUUCCAAAAUUUCGUGGACAACGCACAAAUUGAUUGA